CUCAAACAAGCAGCGUAGUAAAACCCAUCUCUUUUGUUGUCAUGUAAAAGGAGACUUUGAAGAAGAAAAGAAAAGAAAAGCUUUGACAAAAAAAAACGCAGCGUUUUAGGAAAAAAGAGUGUAGAAGUGAUUCUGGCUUUCCCAACAAUGGAAGCUUUCAGUCUUCUUAACUACUGGAAAAGCAAUGGUGGUGGUGCUGCUGCUGUUGCUUUCCUCCCUCAUUCCUCCGACUCUUCUUCUUCUUGCCGUUACUCCGCCGGCGAUUCCACCACCAUCGUCACCACCUCCGUCACAGAAACUGAGGAUGAAGAAGCUGAUGACAACGACAACGACAACGACGAAGGACCCUUCUUCGACCUUGAGUUCGCUCUUCCAGCCGACGAAGAAGAAGAAGAAGACCGAGGAAGAGGUGGAGAAGGAGAUUCCAUUUCCGAUUGUACGGACGGCGGCUGUGAGUACAAGUUCACUCUCUCGUCUUGUUCCGGCGGAGAAGAUCGAGUAGAUCCAGAUUCCCUUGACGAUGUUUUCUUCAAGGAGACGAUUGUCGAAGAGGCCGAACCACCGUCUUCUUCGGAGCAGCAGACUUGUUCCGUCAAAGCUCCGGCGGCGCAGUUAUCGGCGUCGAUUUUGAAAUCCGCCACUAAGCUCCGCGUGUUCAUGCUCGGAAUGAAGAAAUCGAAGCUUAUCCAAGCGAAAUCGGAAGCUAUUCUCGGAUCUGAAGACAUCGACAAGCAAAAUCCUCCUCCUCCGCCGCCGCCGCCGUCGUCGCACUCGCCGGAAUCGCAACAGAAAAGUACGGUGACUGUUAAUUUAAAAGUUGAAGACGUUCCGAUCAUAUCUCUAUUCACAAGAGAGAACAGCUCCAAGAACUCAUCAUCGUCUUCCUCCUCUUCAUCUUCGUCGUCUUUUACACUGAAGAAGCAAAACGGCAACGAAUCUGUCGUUUCAGACGAGAAACGCUUUAUGAUGAUGCAGAAGUACUUAAAGAAGGUGAAGCCUCUUUACAUCAGAGUUUCGCGUCGUUACGGCGAGAAAUCACGACACUCCGGUCAAUUAACAGCUCCGUCACCGGCGGCGAGAACCACUACGGAGAAAACGGAAUCUCCGGCGACUAAGAAGACGAAUAAAACGGGGAACAACGUGAACAUGAACAUGAACAUGAACAUUCCAGCAGGUCUUAAGGUAGUGAGGAAACACUUGGGAAAAAGCAGGUCGUCAUCGUCAACGGCGACGACACCGUCGUCUACGGCGGCGACUGUUACGACUCAGUCUGAGUCAAGAAGACGCGACGACUCGCUUCUUCAACAGCAAGAUAGUAUUCAAAGCGCAAUUUUACACUGCAAAAGAUCUUUCAAUUCCUCUAGAGAUAAGGAUUCGUCGGUGUUACCAAGAUCGGUGAGUGAACCUUCCUCUUACGAGAAAUGAGAGAAUCGUAAUCUUUUAUAUUUUGUUUAGUUUCCAAGAGCCGAAUCAAUCUCAACCGUUUUUUGAUUCUCUCUUUGCAUUAACACCAUAUAAUAAUCAUAUAUGUGUUAUUUGUAAAUAUAGUUGUUUUGUUUGUAGCUUAAAUUUGGUCAAGCAUUGUAGCAGUGAGAGUCGUGGAAUUUAGAUGUUAUGGUUUGCUGUCAUGUAGUUUAGUUAUGAUGAUGACUGUGGAACAUAUAAAAAAAAAAGGAAGAAAAAUAGACUUGUUCUUCUUCUU